ACUUUUCCUAAAACCACAAGAAAAACCCUCCUUACUUCAUCUGCAGUGCUAUGGCAGUACAAACACAUCGAACACUUGAUUGUAGCCAAAGUCGGCUUAACCACCAUUCAUACCUUUCUUUUACUCGGCUAAAUCGCCCCCGCGAAACCCAAAAUCAGUGCCGGUUUCAUCUCUCCGAAGCUUUCGUGUGCAUCAACAAAUGAGGAAGCACAGGGUUCAGACUGGGUGGAAGUGGUCAGCUUUCUUGUAAUUAACACACAAUCAUCCACUCGUAACUGAAACAAUAACGGAGAAGCCUUAGAAGUCCUAUAGAUUGAGACCCUGGCUAUAAAUUUCAUGUUUUGAUUACUUUAGUAUUGGUUCCUUUGUCUCUGAUUACAAGUGUUCUUUCUACCGCAUUUUGAAAUGUUGAGGGCGUCAUCAUCUUUGGGAACAUGGAAGCACAAUCGGUGGAAAGCUUGCUUGGAACUAUUCUCGACUCUAUGUGAAGGUUUACACACUGAAAACUCCAAUAUUAUUUCUACCAAUACUUAUAUAAGUCGUCAUGUAAGAAAUGGUCAUCUUGAUCUUGCUCGAACUCUGUUCAAUGAAAUGCCAGUAAGAAGUGUUGUCUCAUGGAAUAUCAUGAUUUCUGGGUACUCCAAAUUUGGAAAGUAUAGUGAAGCUCUCAAUCUGGCUUCAGGGAUGCACUGCAACAACGUAAAAUUAAAUGAGACGACCUUUUCUAGUUUGUUGAGUAUUUGUGCACAUUCAGGGUGUUCAUCUGAGGGAAAACAAUUUCAUUGUUUGGUUUUGAAAUCUGGGUUGCAGAUAUUUGAGCGUGUUGGAAGUGCAUUAUUGUACUUGUAUGCAAAUAUCAAUGACAUUAGUGGAGCCAAGCAAGUCUUUGAUGAGUUGCAUGAUAAGAAUGAUUUAUUAUGGGACUUGAUGCUUGUAGGGUAUGUGAAAUGUAACUUAAUGGAUGAUGCUUUUGAUCUAUUUACGAAAAUUCCGACUUGGGAUGUGGUGUCAUGGACUACUAUGAUAUCAGGGUAUGCAAGAAGUGAGCAUAACUGUAAGAGGGGAUUGGAAUUAUUCUGCUCCAUGCGGAUGAAUGGUGGGGUUGAACCUAAUGAGUUCACUUUUGAUUCUGUUGUAAGAGCUUGUGGGAGAAUGAGAGAUUUGAGUUGGGGGAAGGUUGUUCAUGGGAUUUUGACUAAAUACGGCUUCCACUUUGAUCAUUCUGUUUGUAGUGCACUGAUUUUAUUUUAUUGUCAGUGUGAAGCUAUUGACAGUGCCAAGGCAGUUUAUGAUAGUAUGGAAAGACCGUGUCUAAAGGCUUCAAAUUCUCUUCUAGAGGGGUUAAUAUUAGCAGGAAGAAUUAAUGAUGCUGAAGAAAUUUUUUGUAAGUUAAGAGAAAAAAAUCCGGCUUCAUAUAAUUUGAUGCUUAAAGGGUAUGCAAUGAGUGGUAGAAUUGAAGGAUCAAAGAGAUUAUUUGAAAGAAUGACUCAUAAAACUACCAGUUCAUUGAACACUAUGAUAUCUGUGUAUUCCAGGAAUGGUGAAAUUGAUAAAGCUUUCAAAUUAUUUGAGUCAGUGAAGAGUGAAGGAGAUCCUGUGACAUGGAACUCAAUGAUAUCAGGUUGUAUUCAAAAUCAUCAGCAUGAAGGGGCGUUGAAACUCUAUAUAACCAUGUGCAGAGCAUCAGUUGAACGCUCUAGAUCAACAUUCUCUGUUCUGUUUCAAGCAUGCGCAUGCUUAGAAUCUAUUCAAUUGGGUCGAGCACUCCAUGUGCAUGCAAUCAGGGAAGCCUUUGACUCGAAUGUUUAUGUCGGAACAUCUCUCAUAGAUAUGUACGCAAAAUGUGGGAGCAUCCAUGAUGCUCAAACUUCGUUUGCCAGUGUUUGUUUCCCUAAUGUGGCAGCUUUUACCGCUCUAAUUAAUGGAUAUGUGCAUCAUGGACUUGGGAUUGAAGCAUUCUCAGUCUUUGACGAGAUGUUAAAACAAAAAGUUCCGCCAAAUGGAGCUACUCUUUUGGGGAUUCUUUCUGCAUGUAGUUGUGCUGGUAUGGUGAAGGAAGGAAUGACAGUUUUCCAUUCAAUGGAGAAAUGUUAUGGUGUGAUUCCAACCCAAGAACACUAUGCGUGUGUGGUGGAUCUUCUUGGUCGUUCGGGACGUCUGUAUGAAGCUGAAGCAUUUAUUAGAUGCAUGCCAAUUGAAGCUGAUAGAGUUAUUUGGGGAGCUCUGCUGAGUGCUUGUUGGUUUUGGAUGGAUUUGAAAUUGGGUGAGAGGGUGGCUAAGAAGGUGCUUAGUUUGGACCCCAAAGAAAUAUCUGCUUAUAUUAUUCUGUCUAAUAUAUAUGCUAAAUUAGGGAAGUGGGUAGAGAAGAUCAAUGUGAGGAGGCAAUUGGUGAGCUUAAAAGUGAAAAAGAUUCGUGGUUGUAGCUGGAUCGAUGUAAAUAAUAAAACUUACGUUUUCUCUGCAGGAGAUAGGUCUCAUCCUAACUGUAAUGCAAUUUAUUCAACUUUAGAGCAUCUAUUAGCAAAUGUAACUCCAUAGCUCAAUUUAACUGUGUUGCCAAAUCCGGUAUAAAGGUUUCUUUUUUUCAAAUUCAA